AUGCUUCAUCUGCAGGUGCGACGCUGCCAGUGCGUCGUCUACCCCACACUGGACCCGCUCGGGGCUUCUCUGUGGCCAGGGGGCGCAUCUUCGGGGGACACGACGCCGCCAGAGGCUGUGGCUGGAGAGAACGACCUGAGCACCAGCGAGGGCAGCGAGCAGGAGAUCCGAGUCUCGGAGCAGAUCGUGCAUCCUGACUACCCAGGCGGUACCGUCGUAGCUCCAAGCGACAUCGCCGUCUUCAAGCUGCAAUCCCCACUCACUCUCGACGAUUACGUCCAAAUCAUCGGCUUGCCCAUCGCUGAUUCACUCCCUGAAGGAGGAUCUGCGGCGGUCAUGUCUGGCUGGGGUGCAACAGAGACGGCCACUACCCCUGAUAUUCUGCAGACUGUCAACGUCACCAUCAUCGACUACGAGACAUGCAGACAAAACAUAGAUGACCUUGAGUUUGGAGACAAUCCGCUUACAGAUACCAUGGUCUGCACAGGACCGCUAUUUGAUGGCAUCUCCGUCUGCAGUGGUGACUCAGGCGGACCCCUGGCGCAGAAUGGCAUUGUGAUCGGUGUGGGGUCCUGGGGGGUAGUUAGCCCGUCGUGUGGAUAUCCCGGCGCCCCUUCCGUCUUCACCAGAGUGUCUGCUUUCAUAGACUUUAUCAACCAAAAUCUGUGA